AAAGGACACACGUGAGAAAGCUUACCAUGCACUGACAACAAGGAAUGGAAAGCAUCAGUUUGGAAACAGACUGGGAUGGGCUAGCCCUCUCCUCUCUGGUCGCCACAGGAAGGAGCAACGUCUCUUCCUCGUCUUUCUUUGUGUCUGAACUGAACUCCCUCAACAGUUCUCAAAGCGGGGGAUCCUUCUUCGGGAUUUUCCCUGAGAAUGGAUCAACCACCACGCCUCACACCCUGCCCCAGCCCAGGAUGAGGGACCUGGGCUUGGCCCGGGCAGAGAUCGCAGUGCUGGGAUUGGUGCUGGCUCUCACUACCUUGGGGAAUAGCUUUGUGCUGUGGGUGCUGCUGAGGAGGAGGAAGCACAAUGCACCAAUGCACGUGUUCAUGGUCAACUUGUGUGUGGCUGACCUGGUGGUGGCUUUCUUUCAGGUUCUUCCUCAGCUUAUAUGGGACAUCACAGAGACGUUUCAAGGUCCUGACUUUCUCUGCCGGUCCAUCAAGUACUUACAGAUUGUGGGCAUGUUUGCUUCCUCCUACAUGAUAGUUGCCAUGACAGUAGACCGGCACCAUGCCAUCUGCUGUCCAUUGCAGGCCUACCGUGGGGGGGCAAUGUCCCGCUGGAACACCCCUGUCAUGGUGGCCUGGGGCCUGGCACUAGUCCUCAGCAUACCGCAGGUGUUCAUCUUCUCUCGCUCAGAAGUGGCUCCUGGAGAGUACGAGUGCUGGGGUCACUUUGCUGAGCCAUGGGGGCUGAAGGCCUACGUCACCUGGAUGACAGCAGCUGUCUUCCUGCUGCCCGCCCUCAUCAUCACCAUCUGCCAGAUAAGAAUCUUCCGGGAGAUCCACAAUAACAUCUACUUGAAGUCGGAGAGGAUGGUGAUGGCUGAGUUGAAGAAGAAUCAAAUCUUCUUCCGCUUCAACAGCUUUAAGAAGGAGGAUGAGCGGGCCCGUGAGAGGGGGAGACGCUCAUCCGGAGGAGGGGGUAGAGAUGGGAGAGCAGGACAGCUCCUGAAGGGUGUGAAUAACAACCCUCACAAUAACACUCACAACAGCCAGGUGGGAGAGUGUUACGACUAUGUACCAUCCACUAUUCAGUAUAACAGUUGCCGUGGUGAACAUGUGACAGCAACAACAUCGCCAGCACAGCAGCAGCCUCUGAACAACUCGGAUUGUCAGGAGUCCUACACGUCCUACGGGCUGGCCUCAGGCUCACCUCGCUGCUCCCUUGAUUAUGCUCCUGCUCCUGCUCACCCUCCACCCACUCCACCACCAAGCAUCACUAAAGCCAUGUCCAAAACAGUGAGAAUGACCCUGGUCAUCGUGCUGGUCUAUACUAUCUGCUGGUCACCGUUUUUCAUUGUCCAGCUGUGGGCAGCCUGGGACCCCAACCCUCCAGACCAAGGAGUUGCCUUCACUAUCCUGAUGCUGCUGGCCAGUCUGAACUCGUGCACCAACCCGUGGAUAUAUACAGCUUUUUCCAGCAGCGUGUCCAGAGAGCUGCAGAGCCUGCUGCACUGUCGGUCAAGACCUGGCCGCCGGGGCUCCCUGCCCGACGACUCCACCACCACACACACCUCCACCACCAAGGACACUCUGUACUGACAGACACAGAUGAGACAGAAACAGACACUCAGAGACACAAGUUUGAAAAAGAUACGCAUGGAUGGACAAGCGACUGUUCCAAGGACUUGCUGUUGGGCACAACUCCGCCGCCACCACUUCCAGCGUCGUUGCCUGAGAACAGAGAGUGCUGACCUCCGCCAGAUGUUUCCAGCAACACAGGACAACUGUACCAUCAACAGGGCCUCUAUCUGUAAUCACCAUCCACUCCACCCCAGCAGUGAGGAAGGGUGUCAUUUAAGAUGUCAACACCACAUUAUGGGGACACUCUGGAAUACACAGUGGCGGUCAGCGACAGCACCUGUAACGCAACAUGGCAUUGAAGCAAAGCGAUUUUCAUCUCAGUUGCUGUUGAGUUGGACCUUGUGUAUUGAUUCAUACAAGAGAAACUCUUGCUUCUGCUCAGACAGAGCAGAGCAGGAGGAAUGUAAGGGGUGGAUCACUGCAUUAAUAGCCUUGCGGCACGCCUAAUGUACAAAGCAGCAGACAAAGCUAUGGGUGUAGGGAAAACAAAGCAGCAGGCUGAGGGAAAAAGACAGAAAGACACACACACACACACACACACACACACAUAUACAGACUGCUGCUGGACUGAGAACAGACAGGGGAUGAUAUGGAUGUUAAGGCUGCAGCAGCAGUCCUGAGAAGGCUGUAUUUGAAAUCUAAUAAUGUGAACAAAGUUUGUUAAAUCAAAGAAAGUGGAUUAGAGAUGGAUGCUUCAGGCUGAAUUCAUAUUCACUCAAGAGGUAUCCAGUUUCUAGGAACAAUGGUGAUUUGUU